CUGACCCCUAUGACCUGCAGGUGUUGGCUGGACACAGAUGUGAAAUGCAAGGCAGUCAGAACAAGGAAUGCAGUAAGAAAAGGAUACCAAUGUGUACUGUGGCGUAUCGCAGAGGGGGCCAUCCAUUUCACAUGGAAUGGAGUAACCUAGUUACUCAGCCCCACGCAAUAUGCACACGUCAGAGAAGCCACCCCCGUCGUGCUGUGAGGUAACACGCUGAAGCUGCGCAAACUGUUUAUAAAGGAACAGCGAGCCGCGCGCCGUUCCCGCCUUUUACGCCCCCUUCCCAUCCAAUCAGCUACUUGUAUUCUUAUCGGCGGUAGAACGCCAGAGCACUUCCGGAAGAUGGAACGCACACACCGGAAGUUAUCUCCUGAUUGUGUGGAAGACGAUGUGCGGCAGAAAGUGAUCGAAGCAGCGCGGAGCGGCAAGUCGCAGUAUCAGAUUGCGGAUGAGCUGAACUGUAACCAAAGCACCGUGUCCAGGCUCAUAAAGAAAUACAAGCACCUCGACCUGACAGAUGAGAACAAAAGCGAAAGUCCAGAGAAGACGACCAAUCAGAGCAAGCGGACCGGCAAACCCAAGACGCAGUCGGAUGCCAAGAAGACGUCCGCCAGCCCAUCUGGUGAAUUAAAUGAUGAACACGGUGUAGAUACUGACUUCGAUAAUAUGGGUCUUCUGCCUACUCAAAAAUCCUUUUUCCCUCUUUCCUCUUUGGAGUCACUCAUCAAUCUGUUCCGAUGGGAGUUAUCUCGUCCUGAGCCCGAUCUUGCUCUGCUGUCUCUUACAUUAGGCUUUGUCGAACACUUUUUAGCAGUUAAUCGUGUUGUUCCAACAAAUGUGACCAGCAUACCAGGGGGACCCGAUUUAUUGCCUAAAGUAGGUGGAAAAGGAACAAAGGCAAAACGUGGGGAUUCCUCUAACCAGGGGGCACGCGGUGCUGCUAAGGCAGACCUUGGAAAGAGGAGCGCUAGGAAUGACCUGGGAAGGAAGGGAGUUUCUGGGGCACAAGCGGCUAAAGAAAAAGAGACCAAUCCUAAAGGAACCUCAGGAAAGUCAACUAAAAAAGAAGCAAACAAAUCGGUAAAAGGAUCUGAGGUUAAGAAAGACAAGGAAGUAAGUGAAGAGAGCAGCAAAGAGGAGGCAUCAAGGAUUGGAACUGGAAAAGCUGACGACAGCGCCAAACCAGACUCCUCCCAACAAGGACAUCCAUAUUUCCCUACUCUAGAGCUAGCUGUUGUCCAGGCACUGUAUGCACGAUUCACAGCGCAGACACGAGGGGCGGUGGAUUUGUCUUGUUAUCCUCGUGAGAAUGGCGGAUCUGGUCGGGAGCUAAUUCGUAGGGUGUCUGACGUCAUCUGGAAUGGCCUGAGUCGAUCAUACUUCAAAGACAGAGCACAUAUUCAGUCCCUCUUCAGCUUUGUCACAGGCACAAAGCUGGACUCGCCAGGUGUGGCAUUUGCCGUUGUGGCUGCCUGUCAAGUACUUGGUCUUUCUGAUGUACAUCUAGCGCUCUCUGAGGACCAUGCUUGGGUAGUGUUUGGAAAGGAUGGUGAAGAGACAGCGGAAGUAACAUGGCAUGGGAAGGGCAAUGAGGACAGAAGAGGACAAUCUGUGACACCUGGUGUAGCAGAAAAGAAAAACAACUGUAAAAUCUCGGCCAUGAGAUGUAUCUCUUCCCUGAAAUCUUAUGGAUGCGAUUGCCAUCUGGCUGCAUCCGACAGACUGGGGACCGAGGGAGCGGAGCCUCCUCCUUAUGCAAAUCAGGGGCAGAGGCAAUCUAUACUGACACUAAGCUGGUUGUAUCUAAAUGGAAGAUACCUACGUUGUGACCGUCACAUGGAAGUUGCUUUUAUGGUCUGUGCCAUUAAUCCUUCAAUAGAUACCCACACGGACAGCCUGGAAUUGCUGCAAGUACAGCAGAGCUUACUUUGGUUGCUGUAUGAUGGCGGACACCUAGACAAGUACCCAAUGGCACUGGGUAAUUUGGCAGACCUUGAAGACCUAUCGUUAACUUCUGGACGUCCAAAGCCUCUUGAACUCUAUAACAAGGCUAUACAGUCUUCUCGUGUUCAUUAUGAAAAUCAGCAUUUGUAUCCUCACAUUUACUUAGCUGCUUAUCACUGCCGGAACAAGAAUGUGCCAGAUGCACUAAAAGCUUGGGCAGAGACGGCUGCUGUUAUACAAGAAUACAAUUAUUGCCGUGAAGAUGAAGAGAUCUACAAAGACCUCUUUGACAUUGCUAAUGAUUUAUUACCAAACUUAUUAAAAGAAGAAGCCACAUCAGACAAUCCAACUGAAUCUGCACUUCAGGACCCUUCAUGUUUUGCAAAUCUUCUGCGUUUUUAUGAUGGGAUAUGUAAAUGGGAAGAAGAUAGCCCCACACCUGUGCUACAUGUGGGGUGGGCAACAUUCCUUGUCCAAUCACUGGGCAGAUUUGACGCACAGGUGAGACAGCAGGUGACAUUAGUGAACUCUGACUCUGCGAAUGAAGAUGAGGACUCUGAUGAUAACAGAAGAAGGGCGGCUCGCAGGGAGUCCAGGCCUGGGGAACCUGUUCAGCCUCUUCAGCGACCAAACCCAGAACAAAAAGAGGAGGAACCAGAAGGUGCCCAGGAUCUCACUUUAAGUUUCCAGAGCCAGAAAAUGAAAGGAAUGAAAGAACUUUUAGUAGCUGCAAAAGUGAAUUCAAGUGCUAUAAAGCUGCAGCUCACUGCUCAGUCACAAGUGCAGCCUAAGAGAGCAAGAGGACCUGGGGCAAGAGACUACAACCUGGGAUAUCUUAAAAGGCAGCGCAAAUCAGUUUAACAAAUGGAUGACUGAAAUGUUUUAUUUUUGGUACUUUUUUAUUUUUUCAUGUAGAAGUAAUGUAUUUAAGACUUGGCACAUUAAACGGUCAGUCAUUGGAA